AUGUACCUGCCGCCCUCGUCUGGCCUCGCCGACCAGUGGGCCUGCUGCGCGUCGAUGGCCAUGCCUUCGCAAGCCUCCGGUUUCGGCUGGCCUGCCGCGCCUGCUCUCAUGGACCCCGCUUGGGUGCAGAGCCCGCAUGGCUGCAGCGCGCCCGCCUUCCACGGCUGGGGGAUGGGGCAGGUGCAGCCCUCUUGCGGCUCCUACCUCCACACUGGCGCGCAGCAGCUCUACCCCUGCGGCGGCGAAGCGUGGCCGCCUCCGCCGCCCGAGGGCAAGCCGGAGUCGGCCGUGCGGCAGAGUGCCGGUGGCGCCAAGGCCAAGGUCAAGGACGUCAGCGCCGCCGAGGCCAACGCCGUCGCCACCACGCUCGACCCCGCCGACGUCGCCCCUUUCAUCGCGCGCUUCAAGAACAUGUGCAUCCGGAAGGACCCGCGCUUCGUCAGGCUGUUCGCCCUCAACGCCGCCCAGCUAGCGAGCACCAUCACUGCAGGCGACGACGAGCUCGCCUACCUCGACGCCUACGUCGCCGGGGCUGUUCAGUGCUGCCUCAAGCCCGACUCUGACGCUGUCAAGCUCUUUAGAAAGCGCAACGACGGCGGUCAUCAAGGCAGCGGCCUCUACCAGCUUCAGAGCAUCGCUCGGCUCGCCGUCCUCAAGCCCGGCGUCGAGAUGCAGAACGCCGAGGCCGCCUUCAAGAAGAAGACGUUCUUUGUUGCCGGGAUGGGGUUCGUCCCCGCGCAGCUCGCCGCGGAGACGCUCAAGGCCGAGUUCGCGCUCCUCACCAACCAGUGCCGAUCGCACUUUGACGUCUACCGCGCCAUCAUCGGCAAGCUUCCCGACCAGAUCAGCGGCAAGCGCGAUGCCCUCGCCGACAAGAUCAACGAGUGGCAGUCCGGCGGGUUCCCGCCCUGGCACAGCUACGACGCCUUCAUCACAUACGUCGCCAACCUGCUCAGCGACGGGAGCGCCUGCGUCAGCGCCGGCGAUGCUGGCCCCGCCGAUGCCGGCGCUGGCGGGCUCGAGGCGAACGCUGCUGAGAGGGCCGGCGGUGCCCCGCGCCCUCCUUGCCUCAUCUGCGGCAGCCCCGACCACGGCACCAAGCAGUGCACGCGCGAUAAUCUCUCUGGGGGGGCGCGGGGGCCCUAG